CGCCAUGCACGCAGGCGCGUAGGAUGUGACGCCCUGCUGACGUGUAUCUAGGGAAACGGAGGAAGUAGAUGGUGGGUCUUUGACAAAUGUUGUGAGAGAUCCAGUGGGAACAGACAGUGGCAUGUCCACUAAACACUGGAAUAACUGGAGUAAGAGACUGGAGCGCGUCCACUGACACAGACCACAGUCCAGAGAUCACAGAGCAGCAUGGGCAAACGAAGAGCCCCUGAGCUGUACAGAGCCCCCUUCCCUCUCUAUACUGUGAAAAUCGACCCCCAGACCGGCCUGAUCAUCACCGCUGGAGGAGGCGGCGCGUCCAAGACCGGGAUCAAGAACGGAAUGCAUUUCCUGAGUCUGGAUCUGGUCGGUGGUGUGCACAGCGCCACCUUGCUGCACACUCACGAAACAGACACGCGAGCCACCAUGUGCAUGUCUCUGGGUGGGGAUGUGAUCGCCGCGGGACAGGACGCCAACUGCAGCUUGAUGAGGUUCAGUCACCACACGGCCAAACUGGCAAAGAAACCUGUAGCCAAACAUGGGGCUGGAGACAAAGGUGCAGCCAGGAAGAGAGGCGGGAAAGGCCAGAACGGAGAUGGAGGAGGAGACAUGGCCCAGAUGAAGGAGGAUUCUCCUCAGAUGGUGGUGGGGGAUGUUGGAGUGGUGCAGGCCGACCUCAGCCCGCAGGACCCCUGUGUGAAGUGUGUGCGCUUCAGCGCCGACCUCACGCUUCUGCUGAGCGGCGGGGCCGACGGUUUCGUCCGAGUGUGGGAGUUCCCCUCUUUGAAAGAGAAGUUCAGCUUCAGAGCUCACAAGGAUGAGCUGGAGGAUAUAGACAUCAGUCCUGAUAACAAGCACAUUGUAACAGUAGGCCGUGAUUUCGAGUGCAGCGUGUGGAGCGGCGAUCAGCUGGCCAUGGGUUUGUGUUGGCAUGAAAACAUGCCUCAGAUCACAGAGAAGAUGUACCGCUACAAGUCAUGCAGGUUUGCAAAGGUAGAGGACCAGAAAGAUGCUUUAAGACUCUAUACAGUCCAGAUCCCCCACAAACGGGACCGCAAACCCCCUCCAUGCUACAUCACCAAAUGGGACGGACAUGCUUUCCUGCCGCUGCUCACGAAGACUUGUGGGAAUGAAGUUAUAUCUUGUCUUUCAGUGAGUGACUCGGGAACAUUUCUUGGUCUUGGCACUGUGACGGGAUCUGUGGCCAUCUAUAUAGCGUUUUCCCUGCAGAAGUUGUACUACAUCCAGGAGUCUCACGGCAUUGUGGUCACAGACCUGACGUUCCUACCUGACGCUCCUAAAAGUAAAGCCGUGAAGGGGAAUAAUGAAGUGGUCAUGUUGAGCGUAGCCGUCGACAGCCGCUGUCAGGUGCAUGCCGUCUCCAACCGGAGAUCAUUCCCGCUGUGGCUGGUGCUGUUCUUCUGCGGUCUGAUGGUGGUUGGAGUGAUUCUGCUCCUGCAGUCUCUCUUCCCAGGAUUCAUUUAGUGUAGCCUAUCCCUUCUCACCAUCACCUGAGCGUAACAUUUUAUAUACUAAAAAAUGACUUGAAGCAAAGCUGGAUCUAUGAAAUUGUUUAAUCAAUUGGAAAUAAUAAUGGAAAUGGGAAUUCGCAUCAUGUUUUAACUGAAGUAAGUCUCCGGAGUGUGAAUUUGAGCUCUGACUUCUUAUGAAUCAGAUCGGAUGAAGAAUUUGGGCAUGACCUGAAGAUCCUGAACCGCUGGUUCUCCUCAUCAGCGAGUGAACCGUUUCAGGAUCGUUGGAAAACAGGACUAGAUUUCCUCAUAAAGACGUCGACUGCUCCACCAGCAUGAGUCAUCAAAUGCCUUUUAAUGGAGAAAUAUAUAUGCAGGGAAUUUCAGCAGUGAAUUAUUUUAAAUAUUUAAAACCAUGUAAAAAAUAUAAAUAUACAUCUGAACAACA